GGUCAGUCUGGCUGGUCAGGCCUAUGCUCUUUGAAAGGGAACCAAAGAGGAGCUCUUUCUCGCCCUCUGGUUUGCUUUUUUUUGUUCUCCGCGAGGCUUCGGUUUGCGCGGACGUCCUGGCGUUUUGGCACUGCUACCACCUGAAGCUCUUCCGCUUCCUCUUUUCUCUGGCUCCGCCCCCAGCGUCCUGUGGCCAUGACGACCGCCCCGCGGGACUCUCUGGUGUGGAGGCUCGCGGGGCUUCUGCGCGAGUCCGGGGAUGUGGUGCUGUCUGGCCAUAGCACCCUGACCCUGCUGACUGCCACAUUGCAGCACCUGAACCACGUAUUUGAGCUGCAUCUGGGGCCAUGGGGCCCUGGCCAGACAGGCUUUGUGGCUCUGCCCUCCCACCCUGCUGACUCGCCCAUCAUCCUCCAGCUUCAGUUCCUCUUUGACGUGCUGCAGAAAACGCUUUCACUCAAGCUGGUCCAUGUCCCAGGUCUUGGCCUCUCAGGGCCCAUCAAAAUUUUUCCCUUCAAGUCCCUUCGGCAGCUGGAGCUCCGAGGUGUCCCCCUCCACUGCCUCUGUGGCCUCCGUGGCAUCUAUUCCCAGCUGGAGACCCUGAUCUGCAGCAGGAGCCUCCAGGCAUUAGAGGAGCUGCUGUCAGCCUGCGGCGGUGACUUCUGCUCUGCCCUGCCCUGGCUGGCUCUGCUGUCUGCUGACUUCAGCUACAAUUCCCUGACUGCCUUAGACAGCUCCCUGCGUCUCUUGUCAGCUCUUCGCUUCUUGAACCUGAGCCACAAUCAAGUCCAAGACUGCAAGGGCUUCCUGAUGGAUUUGUCUGAGCUCUGUCACCUGGACAUCUCUUAUAACCACCUGCGUUUGGUGCCGAAAAUGGGACCCUCGGGGGGUGCUCUGGGAACCCUGAUUCUGCGGGGCAAUGAGCUCCAGAGCCUGCAUGGCCUGGAACAGCUGCGGAACCUGCGGCACCUGGAUGUGGCCUACAACCUGCUGGAGAGACACAGGGAGCUGGCGCCACUGUGGCUGCUGACGGAGCUGCGCAAGCUCUACCUGGAGGGGAACCCUUUGUGGUUCCACCCUGAGCACCGAGUGGCCACCGCCCGGUACUUGUCGCCCCGUGCCAGGGAUACUGCUGCUGGGUUCCUUCUCGAUGGAAAGGCGUUGUCACUGACUGAUUUACAGACCUCCACGUCCUCUGGGCUCAGCACCUUGGUACCACCUCCGCCUUGGCCAGUGGGGAGUACAAUCGAAACUUCUGGUGGCCCUGACUUGAGUGACAGCCCCUCGUCAGGGGGUGUUGUGGCCCAGCCCCAGCUCCGCAAGGUGAAGAGCCGAGUCCGCGUGAGGCGGGCGAGUAUCUCGGAACCCAGUGACACCGACCCGGAGCCCCGGACACUGGACCCCUCCCCGGCUGGGUGGUUUGUGCAGCAGCAUCGGGAGCUGGAACUCAUGAGCAGCUUUCGGGAGCGGUUUGGCUGCGACUGGCUGCAGUAUCGGAAUCACCUGGAGGCCUCUGCCCUCAACACGCUGUCCCCGGACACCCUGAGCCCAGGGCCUGUGCCCAGCCCUCCACCCCCUGAGAAGGAGUCUCCACAGGAAGUGGCAGAGGAGGUCUGGCCAGAGCCGGAGCCUCAGGAGGAAGAGGAGCUGCAGAAGCAGGGAGAAGAGGAGCUGGAGAAGCAGGGAGAAGAGGAGGGAGGAGAGGAGCAAAGUGAAGUGGAGGUGGAGCUCUGCCGGCCCAUGUUGGUGUGUCCCCUGGAGGGGCCCGAGGGCGUGCGGGGCAGGGAGUGCUUUCUCUGGGUCACUACAGGCCACCUGUUUGAGGUGGAACUACAAGCAGCUCGAACCCUGCAACGGCUUGAGCUCCGGAGUCUGGAGGCAGCUGAGAUAGAGGCAGAGACCCAGACCCAGAGCGAGCAGGUGCCUGAGGGCUCAGAUCCACGACCCCAGGGCCCCAUCCUUGUUCUCCGCUUCUCCUACAUUUGCCCCGACCGGCAGCUGCGUCGCUACGUGGUGCUGGAGCCGGAUGCCCAGGCGGCUGUCCAGGAGCUGCUAGCUGUGCUGACCCCAGCAGCCACCUCCCAGCAUCAGCUUGAGGAAGUGGGGGCCCUGCCAGGGGACAGACUCCAGUGUCUGCGCUGUGGCCGUGAGUUCAAGCCAGAGGAGGCCAGGUUGGGGCUGGACAGUGAGGAAGGCUGGAGGCCGCUGUUCCGAAAGACAGAAUCAUCUGCUGUGUGUCCGUACUGUGGUAGUGAUCACGUGGUUCUUCUGGCUGUGUCCUCGGGAACCCCCAGUGGGGAGCGGAGACAAGAAGAGCAAUCCCUGGCCCUCUCGCAGUCCCUGAGUGCUGUCCAUGACCCUUGUGGCCACAGUGACCCCAGCAAUGGGGCUGGCAGUGCCCCAUCCCAGGCCCUGGCCUCCCAUGACCACCACAGUUGGAGUCUCAGCCCACCCCCUGAGUGCUGCGGCCUCCGCUCCGUGGACCACCGACUCCGGCUCUUCCUGGACGUCGAGGUGCCGCUGGCGUUGGCAGGCCACCCCGGGGAAUUUCUGUGUCUCGUGGUUGUGUCUGACCAAAGGUUCUACGUGUUGAAGGUGACAGGGGAGAUCUGUGGGCCCCCGGCUAGCUGGCUGCAGCUGGCCCUGGCCAUUCCCCUGCAGGACCUGCGGCACAUAGAGCUGGGCCUGGCGGGACAGAGCCUGCGGCUGGAGUGGGCAGCCGGGGCGGGGCCCUGUGUCCUGCUGCCCCGAGAGGCCAAGCGCUGCCGGGCCUUCCUGGAGGAGCUCACCGAUGUCUUACAGUCCCUGCCCCCCACGCGGAGGAGCAAUUUCAGCGCCACGGAGGAGGAGGUGACCCCGAAGCACAGGCUCUGGCCACUACUGAAGACAGACUCUUCCUCGGAGCCUCCCGGGUUCUUCUACCUUCGAGCGUUCCUGGUUGAAGGACCCGUUGCCUGCCCUGUGUCCCUGUUGCUGACUCUGUCCACCCUGUACCUGUUAGAUGAGGACCCUGCAGGGUCCCAGGCAGAGCCCCCUUCUCCAGCAGCAUCUGGCGAAGCAUCUGAGAAGGCCCCACCCCCCGGGCCAGGCCCCUCAGUGAGCGUCAGGGAGCAGCAGCCCCUCAGCAGCUUGAGCUCUGUGCUGCUGUAUCGCGUGGCCCCGGAGGCCCUGCGGCUGGUCUUCUACGACGAGGUGUCCCGGCUGGAGAGCUUCUGGGCACUCCGAGUUGUGUGUCCAGAGCAGCUGACGGCCCUGCUGGCCUGGAUCCGGAAGCCCUGGGAGGAGCUGUUUUCCAUUGGACUCCGAACUGUGACCCAGGAGGCUCUGGACCUUGACCAGUGAGGCUGCCGGGCUGGCCCCUCCCCUGGUGGAAGCCACGGCUACAGAUGUCCUCUCUCCAGACUCUGGCUGCUGACUUGUCUGACCUCUGGGCACUGGCCAACAAGGCCCCGGAUGACCCCUGGCGCACGGGCAGGGUGAGAGGACUAGUCUGGCUUCUAGUUGACCUGGCCCCAGGGAAUGGGCCGAGUGGUCAGAAGGAGUGUUUCUCCUGCGCUUUCCUCAGGUAUCAAUAAAGCUGUUUGCAUUCCAGAUGCCAUAGGGGCAUCUGGCUGUGUCA